GAACAAUUUCAGCACUCCAAAAGUAAUGUAGAUCACAGUAUCACACCCUUUGAUUACAACUUAUGGCAGAUAAUCAGGAUUUCACGAACAUCCAUUCGGCAAACAGAGCAUUAGCAUAGGGAACCACGACAAAACUUAUUUCAGGGCUUUAUGCUUCUGUAAAAAGCAGAAUUCCGGCCACAGUAGAACAGUAUGCAUUCCCUCAUUGUGAUUUGCUAAACCCACAUUCAGGAUCAUUUCUGUGGAGAGAAAAUCAAGGUUUUUGCUGAAGAAAAGGAAAAUUUGCACGGUUCUCUAGAGACGCUGGAAAGUUGUAAAUUCGUGUAGUCUUGCAUUUGAUUUUCAGCAAUGAAAAAGAAAGUUAACAAAAAGAUCAUAAACAAGGAAGAAAUAGCUGAAGACUGGUGUUUCGCAUGCAAAGAUGGAGGAGCGCUCCGUGUAUGCGACUAUAAGCAAUGUCUAAAGUCAUAUCAUCCAUCUUGUGUGGGAAAGGACGAUUCAUUUUUGGAGAGCGAAAGCCAGUGGAAUUGUGAUUGGCAUACUUGCGCUCUCUGCCAUUUUAGACCUUCAGAACAUCAUUGUUUUACUUGCACCAGUGCAUUGUGCCGUCACUGCUGUCGUGCUUCAGAGUUUGUACAAGUUAAAGGCAAAGACGGAUUCUGCUACAGUUGUCUAAAGCUUGUGAUCCUGAUUGAAGAAGACAUGGAUUACGAUUCUGAUGGGGACAAGGUAGAUUUUAAAGAUCGAGAAACCUUUGAGGGUUUGUUCAUGGAAUAUUAUGAGAUCAUUAAAGAGAAAGAAGGUUUGAAGACUGAGAAUCUUCAUUCAUCACAGGAUUGGAUGAAGAAGAGAAAGAACUACAAGUCUGACUCUGAUUCAGAAGAAUUUGCUGAAGAUCAUGGAGAAGAGAUUUCUGAUUGUGAUGACAUGGAUUAUGGGAAGAAAUGCAAGAUCCAGUACAAGAAAAGGAAAACUGAGAAAUCCAAUUCCAAUAGAAUGGAGUUUCUGGGUUGGGGUUCCAGAUCUCUUAUUGAGUUUCUUGGUUCAAUUGGUAAAGAUACUAGUGUAACACCAUCGCAGCACGAUGUAGUUUCAAUUAUAAAUGAUUAUGUCAAAGAAAAUAAGCUUUUUGAUCUGGAGAACAAAAGAAGAAUAACAUGCGAUGCUAGUUUGCAAUCUCUUUUUAGGAGAAGGUCAAUAAAUAAAUACAGAAUAUAUGAUCUUCUGGACACCCAUUUUAUGGAGAACCAAGAUAAUACCGAAGAGGAUGAGCUUGAGGAUAAUUCAGAAGACAAUGAAGCCAAAAUCUCUGGUGCUUAUAAAAGGCAGAAAAAGCAGGAUGGUGUGAAAAAAUCCCAGAAAGAUGGGAAAGAAUAUAGUGCCCCCCGAAGUUAUUUUGCAUCCAUUAUAACCGACAAUAUGAAACUUGUCUACUUGAAGAAAAGCUUGCUAUUUGAGCUAUUUGAGCAACCCGAAUCAUUUGAAGAAAAGGUGAUAGGAAGCUUUGUUCGAGUCAGAUUGGAUCCAAAUGAUUACAAUCAAAAAAAUCCUCAUCAGCUCGUGCAAGUCAAAGGUAUAAAAAAUGUUUCAGUUGGUGAUAACAAUACCGAUAUCAUCCUUCAAGUUUCAUCUGUGCCAAAGGAAAUUCCUAUGAAACUACUGUCAGAUAAUGAUUUCUCUGAGGAAGAAUGUGAAGAUUUGAGAAAAAAAGUGAUGGACGGCCAGCUCGCAAGGCCUACACUGGUGGAGUUUGAACAAAAAGCCAGAAUUCUUCACAAGGAUAUAACAAAGCAUUGGAUUAAUAGAGAGCUGGCUUUGUUACAAAAACUCAUUGAUCGAGCAAAUGAGAAAGGAUGGAGACGCGAGCUUUUUGAAUACUUGGAUAGGAGAAAGAAGCUUCAAACACCUUCGGAACAAUCACGGUUGCUUGAAAAUGUUCCCAUGGUGAUACCGGAUGGCUUAGAAAUCGAGAGAUGCUCUUCGAAGUCAAUCCAUCAACAUAAUUCUAAUGUUCCCAAUGGUGGGUUGGAGGACAAAAAAAUAGAAAAGUAAGAAUCUGAUUCAAAUGAGCCGUUCAACUUUGGUGUCAAGAUGUUUAAAAUUUCUGCUCUAGUUAACUCUGUUAAUGUUGGAGACUCAUAAUUUGAUCCUUUAGUGGCUCAGUUAAAAUUACUUGUUAGAUCAUUUGUCUCUCCCUUUUCCUUCCUUCCUCUUCUUCAUAUAGAACAUAUUAUUGCAAGUCUUUAUAUAACAAAUUAUGGUAUGUUUUCUUAGGGAAUAUUGUGGCAUGUAUUUAUAACCAUCCUAUUCUGGUUAUUUGUAAUAUACAUAGGGUCUACCACUUUUUAAUUAAAAAGACUAAUAAUUUUACACAUUUUCUACUCAUUGUCAUACUUUUAUCUCAAUUACUUUUACACUAUAAUUUAACAUUGUCAUAAUAGAAGGCUGAUGGAUAAGGAACAUAGAAUUUAGGAUUGCAAUAAAAAGAUUUAUAGCUUUCAUUCUGUUAUAUCUUUAUUUCGGUGUAAUAUGCUGGCAUUAGAGUUCUAUCUUAUGGAAUUUUUAAUGAAGUCCUAGCUUUUAUAGGGAAAUCAUUAAUUUCUUAAUUGCCGAUGGCCUGGACCAUAGACCUACAAGUAUAACAAUAUUGGUUAAUUUUUUAUUCUUGUGCAAAAUUUUCUAGGAUAAGAACAAUCUCAGAGAUAUAUGGUAAGAAUUACUGGGGACUUUUGUAUCCCUACACGUUUCUAUUUUGUUUUUAAGACUAGUAUUUUCAUUCAUAAAUAUACAAACAAAGAAUGGGAAGGACGUGGCAUUCUUCAUUGAGGACAAUAAUUAUUUUUAGAAAGUACGUCCACAUCUUUAUUCCUCAAUUCUCAUGUAAAGAUUAAGAUCUUUAACCAAAAAGGCUCUAAGUCUGGAGGUAGUUACUCAAAGGUCAUUCUAAUGGGUAGCUCCAAAGAUUCCUUACAUGCGUUUGUGUAAGGUCCAAUGAGUUUGGUUUUAACUAAUUGAAUAAGAACAAAAAUAUUGAAGAUAGAUUUAAAUGACAUACAUAUGGACUUCUUUGAUGGGUUAAGCUUUUACAUCAAGCGGUUCUAAAUCUCUACCUUGAUGUUCUAAAUCUCUACCAGUUGAACAAAGAUUUAUUGAACUCUACAGAAGUCCCUAGAGAUCAAGGACAAGAGGUUCAAGGCACCUAUCACAAAGGUUUAUUCGAGAAGGACAAAACCUGAAAUGAACUCGCAUGAUUUAAGAAUUUACCAUGAAACAGGUAAUGUAAUUAACACUUAGAAAUUUGAUUCCCAUGAUGUCUUGGAAUUACCUAUAUCCAUAAAAAACCUGUUAGGACUUGUUCUCGUUGUCAAAUAUCUCAAUUUGUUUCCUUUUGGCUCACCUUAGUUUGAGACUUUUGUCGCUGAAAUGUGACAUAUGAGCGGAGUAAUUUGUUCAUAAACAAGAAAAGAAAGGGGGUCCAAGAAGAGAAGAAUUGAAGGCAAAGAAGAAAAUCAAUUUAUUAUAUAUUUAAGGUUACCUAUUACAAUGAAUAGGGCCUUCUAUAUAGAGAUCAACUAAUCUAAAAUUUAAAGAACUUCUAAUAGACUAUAACUUUAUCAAAAUAUUAAAUCUAACUUAGCAUAAUAUGAAUUAAACUCUAUUUUUAAAAUCCUAUCUAACUUCUGUUUUUAUUCCAUCUUUAUCUUCAUCUUUAUCUCUAUCUCCAUCAAAAUGCCUACACAUUUAGGUUCCUAAUUAUGUCCACGAGGCUUUUGACUCAAAGCCUUGAGACGAGAGCCAUGGAAAAAUUCGAACCUUAUAAAUAGUGGAUUUGCAAGUGGGAAGAAAACUAUGGGCUAUAAAUGGAUUUUCAUAAUCAAGUACAAGCCUGAUGGGUUUCUAGAAAGAUACAAGGUCUGCUUAGCAGCAAAGAGUGUACAAUACUUAUGGAAUUGUCAUCAUGAAACCUUUGCUCUACUUGUCAAGGUGAACUUCUGAUCCUUCUUUCAUUGGCGACAAACUUUGACUGGCCUCUAUUACAGUCCUACAGAAAAAUGAAUUCCUCCACGAGAACUUAAAAGAAAAAAUGUAAAUGGAAAUUUCACUUGGAUAUGAAAGUGACAUUGUGAAACAAGGUGUGCAGGCUUCGAAAGUCCUAGACUUCGUAGGGACUAAAACAAUCUCUUCAGCCAUGGUUUGAAAGCUACGUUAAAGAGGGCCAUAUGUAUAUUGUGUAAAUCUUAUCUUCAACAUACAUUCUCAUAUGUCGGCGGGAUUCAAUAUACAUACUAUUUCCGGUAUACAAUCUCUUGCUAAGAGCGAGCAGUUCCAAUACUUUGGCACCUGUCAAGGACCAAGAACAAGGCAAAACACUGCAAAACAGAGGGAGAAACAUGAAUAAAUUGUUAAAUAAUAAAAGCUAGAUCCAAUUUUUAUUUUUUAUUUAUUUUAAAUGUGUGUGUUUGAGAGAGAAGGAUCUAAAUUUUAACCUUUGAUUCGUGCAAAAGCAUUGGUGAUCCACUGUUAUGAUCUUCACGUAGCAUUGCUCAGCAUUCUUUAUCAUUCUGGAACAGCAAAUAGGAACUUAUUAUUUUCACGAAAAAGAAUUAAUUGGGGGAAAGUAGUAAAGUAGAGAAUAAGAUUUACAGAUGACUAAAACUCUUACAUCCUAAUCUGAAGAAUUUUAUUCAAAUCAUUGAACUGCUCUCAUCCUUUUGGGCCUCCCUAACUUUGUUAUUUUACUUGGACCAAAUCUUAUUUUUGGUACUUCUAGAUAUAGAAAAUGAGAAAUAUUGAGGCAAAGGAAUCCUCAUCUCUAUAGGUAUAUUUACGAUAUCUGUCCUAUUCUAUACAUCCUCUUCCCUUGUCUCUCUUUGCCGAGGAUAUGCUUCCAAGGACUGCAAAAGUACGCCUUGUUCCAAUCCUGAACUUCAAUUUUCUGUAGUCUCCAUUCGCUUAUUGGCAAUCAUGACUGUGAAGUUCAGUCUAUAAUCUGGUUCGUCAUGAUUCAAUUUUUGGAAAUAAUUACAUUUUGCAUGUGGAUUAAAUAGUAUGCAUAAAUUCUUUAAUUUAUAAGCUUCUCCUGUCUUAAUUAUUGACCUUUAUUUACAUGCAUUCAUUCUGUGAUUCCUUUCCCGGUUUGUACAACUUUAGAUGCUUUAGUAUGAAGUAAAACUUAUUUGUUAAAUCAUUUUAUUGUUACAUAGGAGGAGGAAUAUCAUAUAAUCAUAUAUCUACAUUUGUAAAUUCUUUUCCCCAUACUUAUUCUCAAUUUCGCUCUUUUUUCUAUUAAAAAUGAGGUAAAAUCAAUUUGGCAUGGCAAUAUUGUCACAGAAGACAGGCUUAAUCAUAAUCGCGCAUCAGCUCCUGAAGAAAAGCAACAUCUUUCGGGAAGAUCCGCCUCAAGAGAACACUUGCAAUCCUCUUCAGAAAAGAAAGAGAUUUAUUGGGAGACCUGUCAUUUUGAAGAUAUGCCAAAGAACUCCAACCAAGGUGAAAAUAAUAUGGGAAUUAUAUGUGCUCAGCAAGGCCUUCCCAAAAUAAAGUAAUAUUACUUUCUGACGAUGGCUUCCCGCAGCAUUUGCUCAAUGGCCGAGUCGACAGAAAGCUUUUGGAAACAUAGUGCCCCAUGUAAAAACGAACAAAAUCAAGAAGCUGAAAACUUCUCUUUGAAGAAGUGCCUGCAAGGUUCUGUUUAUAGCAUCUUUUUGCUGUGUAUAUUUUGUGGAUGCAUUUUGGUGUGUAUUACCAACUUCAGCAGGUUAAACUUAAGAAGAGGAAGUUGCAUAAUUUUGGGUAUCAAGUAAACACUGGUUUUUGGUUUAUCCAUUUAUGAUUACGUAAAUUAUUUGUUUUACUGUUGGUUUAUUAUAAUCAGUUACUUAGUAUCGUAAUUUGAGUAUAUCAGUGCGAAAUUUUUCA